ACUUUCCACACGAAGUAGUUGAACAUCUCGAAUCUUCGAACUCCCUGAUUCGGUUUGCUGGUUUGGUGAUGUCCUUGCACUUGCGUUGGUAAUGUAACUUAGUUAUAGCGUUUCUUCACGGCAUGGCUUUCCUUCUCUAAGGAAGUCACAAGUUGCAGAAAUGGAUAGCUUUUGCAAACCGACGCCGUACUAUUCUCCACCAGCGGUGGUGAAUACCACGGAUUUCACACUGUGCUUUGAGGACACAAUUAUCCUUUGGAUACCCUGUGGCUUUCUCUGGCUGUUCGCGGCACUGAGAUUUUGCUUCGCUUCGCCAGGGGGUCUGGGGUCAAUAGCAAUUUCAACUCUGCACAAGUUGAAACUGCUGUCUGGAUCAUGCGUGUUCCUGCUGUCACUGAUCCGUAUUGGCCAUUAUGUCCACUCAUAUGGCAACAGCGGCACUGUGUACCAGUACGAGUGGUACGCCGCUGGAAUUCUGGCGGGGACAGUGCUGUUUUCUCUCGUCUUAACGGAACGUGAUCGGCGAGUGGGUAAUCGGACGUCGGGUGUGAUGUUCUUCUUCUGGCUGAUGCUCACCGGCUACUUUGGAAUCUUGUUGCGCUCGCAUGUCCUCAUUUACAUGCACGACUCGUCCCAGGAGCAGGCUGUCAUCUUCUACACAGUGUGCAUCUUCCCGUUCUUCUCUCUUGUCUCGACUCUACUGGCUGCCUUCAACGAUCACCGGCCCCCGUAUUCUGUGGAUUCAGAUGCGAACCCUUGCCCGGAGCAGCAGGCAACUUUCCUGUCACGGAUCACCUUCUGGUGGAUCUAUCCACUUCUUAAAAUGGGCUACAAGCGCCCGCUGAAGCGUGAUGACCUCUGGUCACUGAACGAUUACGACAAGUCCAGCCACAUUGUGCCAUUGUUUGAGCGUGCCUGGGAUAAGCAGCUCAAGAAGAUUGGAAGAUCUGCGGGUUCUGAGACUCAUGCUGCGGACAUCAAGGCCAAGGGUUUCAGUGUGCGUCAGAUCCAGGAGUCUGAGGAGACCACACCACUGAUAGCACGCACCUCGUCCCCCGGUGACCAGUCCGGUUCUGGCAAAGCAGCCCAGCCGUCUCUUAUCUGGGCGCUUGGCGGGGCUUUUGGCUGGACGUUCGCUGCUUCCGGUGUUUUGAAGCUUGUCAAUGACGUCUUGGCGUUUGUCAACCCACAGAUUCUCAAGUUGCUGAUUCACUUCAUGUCCGACUCUGAGGAGCCAGUGUGGCACGGUUACUUGUACGCUGGUAUUCUGUUUAUGGUGACGGUAGUCCAGUCCAUUGUGGUGCAGCAGUACUUCAUCAAGUGCAUGGCCAUCGGCAUGCGUGUGCGUACCGCAGUUGUUUCCAUUGUCUACAAGAAAUCGUUGCGUCUCUCGAGCUCCGCGCGUCGUAUUAGCACGGCCGGCGAGAUUGUCAACUUGAUGUCGGUGGACGCUCAGAGAUUCAUGGACCUGUCCGGCUAUCUUCACUACAUGUGGUCUAUGCCACUGCAGAUUGCAUUGUCUAUGUACUUCCUAUGGCAAACCAUGGGUGUUGCCACACUGGCUGGGGUAGGCAUGAUGGUCUUACUCAUCCCAGUCAAUGCAGUCCUGGCCGCCAAGACUCGCACACUACAGGUGCGCCAAAUGAAGGCAAAGGACUCGCGUAUCAAGAUCAUGAAUGAAGUCCUCAAUGGAAUCAAGGUUAUCAAGCUGUACGCAUGGGAGAAGUCUUUCUUGCGUCUUGUCGGUGGCAUUCGUGAGAACGAACUGCAAGUACUGAAGGAUACUGCCUUCCUCAACGCAGGUGGCACUUUCACUUGGACAAUGGCUCCAUUCUUGGUGGCUCUGGUAACAUUUGGAACAUACUCCCUCGCUGGCAACGAGCUGACGGCAUCCAAAGCCUUUGUGGCUCUGUCACUGUUCAACAUCUUGAAGUUCCCCCUGUCUGUCUUGCCGAUGAUGAUCGCUUUCCUUGUGGAGUCGAGCGUGUCACUGGGUCGCCUCAAUAAGUUCAUGAGGCAUGAUGACCUGAAGGAAUCCUCGGUGAAGCGUGAAAGCCGUCCCCCUACUGAUGGAAGUCCUACUGUCAGUGUUCGGCAUGGCAAAUUUUCCUGGGGAGAAGAGGAGCCAGCUGUUCUUAGCGGCAUCAACCUGUCGGUACGUGAAAACGAGCUGCUAGCUGUUGUUGGCUCUGUGGGUGCUGGCAAGUCAUCACUACUCUCCGCUCUGCUUGGUGACAUGGACAAGCUGGAUGGUACCGUCACGGUUAAGGGAAGAGUUGCCUUUGUACCGCAGCAAGCUUGGAUCCAAAACGCCACGGUGCGUGACAAUAUUCUGUUUGGUCGUAUGUACAAUCAAGCUGUGUACCAGAAAGUGAUCAAUGCGUGUGCGCUGGGACCGGAUCUGGAGAUGCUGCCAGGCGGUGACAUGACGGAGAUUGGAGAGAAGGGUAUUAAUCUGAGCGGCGGUCAGAAACAGCGUGUGAGCUUAGCUCGUGCUGUCUACUCCAACGCCGAUAUCUACCUUCUUGAUGAUCCUCUCAGCGCUGUGGACUCGCACGUCGGAAAGCACAUCUUUGAGAACGUCAUUGGUCCGAAUGGCGUCUUGAAACACAAGGUUCGUAUCUUCAACACCCAUCAGAUUACUCUCCUGCCGCAGUGCGACGGCAUCAUCGUGUUGAAGGAGGGUUUCAUAUCUGAGUCCGGUACGUACAAUUCCCUGGUUGAAAGCCGAGGUGCAUUCUCUGAGUACUUGCAGCACUACGCCGCCAAUGAGGAAGAAGACGACGACGACGAGGAAGAGCCUGAAGAGACGUUCGGAUCUCGAACGGUUCCCGAAGAUACCAUGCCUUUGGGCGAGGACUCCUCCGCCCUUGAGCUUGGUACCGGCGAUGUGGAGUCGUUUACGCGCACCCAGGGCCGUCGUCAGCAGCUGGAGCGCCAGCAGAGUCAGAGCCUCACCGAGCAGAUAUCCUUGGCAAGUCCACCGAGUGUGUCACGCCAGUCCAGCAGUAUCUCCCCGCCGUCCAGCAGCGGUAUCAGCCGUGACACCAGCGAACACUCCGUACACGGACAGCACAGUGUCACCAGACAGACGAGCAGUGGACGUCGACGCCAGCUCUCCAAGCAGAAGAGCUCGCUGAGGCAGAGCACCCAGGACAAGACGCGCUUGACCAACGAACACGUCACGCUCAUCGAGGAAGAAUCGUCCGAAGAAGGCCGGGUCAAGCUAUCUGUGCUCAUCCUGUACUUGAAGGCAUUGCGUGCACCGUUCUCUGCCAUCAUUCUCAUGAUCUACAUUCUGAGCAAUGGCUGCUCGAUCGGUACGAAUAUCUGGUUGGCUCACUGGAGUGCAGCGAACACCAAGCAUGCUGCAGCCAAAGCGGCUGCUGCUGGCGGAUCGUCAUCACUCAUGUCGGAUGACUUCAGCUUCAUGUCGGACAAUGAGUCGAACAGCUCCAACCACACAGCGGACCUCAACACGGGUAUGUACCUGGGCGUCUACGCCUCAUUUGGUCUCGGUCAAGGUCUGCUGGUGUUGGCAGGCUCAUUCAUCCUGGCUCUGGCGUCCGUCGGGGCUAGUCGCCGAUUGCACAGGAAGAUGUUACGCAACGUACUCCGAUCACCCAUGUCGUUCUUCGACACCACACCACUGGGCCGCGUUGUGAACCGCUUCAGCAAGGAUGUGUACACGAUAGACGAAGCCAUACCACGCUCACUGCGCUCCUUCCUCAUGAUGUUCUUCAACGUCCUCAGCAUCCUCAUCGUUAUCAGUUACAGCUCUCCGAUCUUCUUGGGAUUGCUAGCACCGCUGAGUAUUGUGUACUUUGUUGCGCAGCGCUACUACGUCACCACGUCCCGCCAGUUGAAGCGCCUGGAGUCGGUGUCUCGAUCGCCGGUCUACUCUCACUUCUCUGAAACUCUAUCCGGUGUGUCCACUAUCCGUGCCUACAACGCACAGGAACGCUUCACCAUGGAGAGUGAGCAUCGUGUCGAUGUCAACCAAGCCGCCUAUUAUCCCAAUCUCGUCGCCAACAGGUGGCUUGCCGUACAGUUGGAGUUUGUCGGUGGCAUAGUGGUGCUGGGAGCAGCAUUGUUUGCCGUCGUUGAUCGGGAAGUCAACAUUGGUCACGGCGAUGGCGGUAACGCCACCAAGGCCAGUUUGGCCGGACUGUCCGUCUCCUAUGCACUCAGUAUCACAGCAGCACUGAACUGGAUGGUACGCAUGAGCAGUGAAUUGGAGACCAACCUGGUGUCGGUCGAGCGAGUCAAGGAAUACAGCGAAACUCCCACCGAGGCACCUGAUGUUGUGGAGGGCAAUCGUCCUGAUCCCAGAUGGCCAAUGAAUGGUGAGGUGGUGUUUGAUCGCUACAAGACACGGUAUCGUCCCGGCCUCGACCUUGUCGUCAAGGGCAUCUCAGCUAACAUCAAGGGUGGGGAGAAGGUUGGAAUCGUCGGGCGCACUGGUGCAGGCAAGUCCUCUCUCACUCUGGCGUUGUUCCGUCUGAUCGAAGCGGCUAGUGGAUCUAUCAUUAUCGACGGUAUUGACAUUGCGCGACUUGGCCUGGAGGAUCUGCGCUCCCGCCUCACCAUCAUACCACAGGAUCCCGUGCUGUUUUCUGGAACACUCCGCUUCAACCUGGAUCCGUUUGAGGAGCACAGCGAUGUUGAAGUGUGGAAUUCACUCCGUCUUGCACAUUUGGAGUCGUUUGCACGAGGCAACGACGACGGCCUGCAGUUUGACAUUGCUGAGGGAGGUGAAAAUCUCAGUGUUGGGCAGCGCCAGCUUGUCUGCUUGGCCAGGGCCCUGCUGCGCAAGACCAAAAUCCUAGUGUUGGACGAGGCCACAGCUGCAGUGGACCUGGAAACUGAUGACCUGAUUCAACGGACUAUCCGCACCGAGUUUGCACACUCGACUGUGUUCACCAUCGCUCAUCGCCUCAACACCAUCAUGGAUUAUGAUAGGGUGAUGGUUCUGGACAUGGGCAAAAUCAUUGAGUAUGGUAACCCAGACCAACUGCUGUCCAGUCAAGGUCAUUUCUACUUGAUGGCUAGAGAUGCUGGUUUAGUAUCUUAGACUGGCGGCCGUUACUCGUCCUUACUCAUCACAACUUGUAUACGCCUUUGGUGGUUUUGACAGCAGGCUUGCGUGUAGUGUGUGUGUGUGUAGUGCUGUAUCCGGUGCUGGGCUCCGUGUCCGGGCACCGGUCGGUCGAGAGUCUCACCAACGGCCAUGCUUUGAGCACCGCCAGUGCGCUUGUGUCUGUGUGCCCACUAUCUUGUUGGAGGAUGCAUGUGUGCUAGUAGUGCUCCUAUCACAAUGCUCGAUGGUGUCUAUGACGGCAGCAUCCUGUGCGCAAGGCUAGCACUCCUUGCACCAUGCCAUGCAGCUAGGGACUUGUGUUAGUACUCUUGUAUCACGGCCUCACAGGAAGCCCAUCUCACAUAGCUUUGCUUGCUAUUACUGAAGUUGACAACUAUUGACACUUUCCCUACUCUUAGUCCUGCGUAUGCGUAGCACCUAUUCUGCCUCUAGGUGUGUCAGAUAGCCAGAUAGUGAAGGUUGCCAAAUAGUGGAAGCCUCGUCUUCUCUAGUUUCACCAUGAUACGCACUCCAUCUUCGCACUCCAAUAUAUUUUUUCGAAUAAUUUUUACAUGACAUACUUAUUAUGUGUAGUGAUCUGAGGCACUAUGUUGCUUCAGUGCACAAUUAUUUUGCUUUUAUGUCUAUAUUUCUAGGUGGCUUUGAUCGGUCGGUAUGCUACUGUACGGCCUAGGCCUCUGCUAGCUACUGUAUGUCUCUCAGAGUGCCCUGCUGUGUGUGUAGCUGCUUUCUGUGAUCUAUACUGUCUUGUUGUCAAUUCUGUAUCGGAGAACAGGACUUGUUUUUUUGUUUUGUUUUGUUACCAGGUAACUAACUCACUUGUUUCUCUAACUUUAGGUUUUUCUCUGUGACUCUGUGAUGCAUUCACCCACCUGUUCACCCGUCUUGCUUGCUUGUUGACUCAAGUAAAUGACGGUACAUGUA